UUUUCAUCCAGGGUUUUAACACGGCCCCGAAAACUCUCGAAAAAUUUUCUCGGGAAAAUAUUUGAAAACUUUCCCCGAAAAAUCGAACGGGCGGCGGCCCCCGCCGAAUCACGAAACCCUAGAGAGAAAUCCCUCUUCCCCAAUCGUCGGAGUUCCUCUUUCUCCGGCCGUCGUCAAUGGACAGGUCGCGCUGCAAGAGCUGCGGCGCGAGAUCCCUGACCCGGGACGACGUCUCGGGCAUCCUGGUGUGCUCCGAGUGCGGCUGCGUCGCCGAGCUCGACGACUUCCAGGCGCACCUCGGCGGGAUCAGCGGGCCCCAGGGCACCUUCGUCCGCGUCGGCACCUCCGGCACCGGCACCGUCCUGAACUACCGGGAGAAGAAGGUCUUCGAGGCCCAGAAGGUGAUCGACGACUUCCUGCUCCGGCUGGGCCUGUCCGGCUCCCGGUCCGAGGACGUCCGGGACAUGGUCUGCCGGGUCACGGAGGAUGAGUUCGGGCAGGGCGAGUGGUUCCCGGUCCUGAUCGGCGCGUGCGCCUGCGUCGUCAUGAGGAGGGAGGGCCAGUCCCUCCCGAUCGCCGAGGCGGCGUCGGUGAUCGGGUGCGACGGCCACGAGCUGGGCAGGAUGGUCGCGCGCGUGGUCGAUUUCCUCGAGCUGAGGGGCGAGUUCCCCGUCUACGACGUCGCGGUCGCGUUCGAGCGGGCCGUCAGGAACUUCUCCGGAUUCUCCAGGCUCCCUCGGGAUAAGGUCGAGACGAUGCGGAAGCAGGGCAUGUUCCUGAUACAGUGCGCGGUGAAGUGGUUCUUGACCACGGGGAGGAGGCCGCUCCCGGUGGUGGCCGCGGUGUUGGUCCUCGUCUCGAAGCUGAACCAGAUUGAGCUCGAGAUUUCGGACGUUUCGAGGGAGCUCCAUGCUGCCGUCGCGACGUCCAGGCGGCGGUAUAAGGAGCUGCUGGAGGCGCUCGUGGAGGUUUCCCGUGCCUUGCCUUGGGGGAAGGAGGUUACAGUAAAGAAUGUGGUGAAGAAUGCUCCACUCGUGAUCCAGUACAUGGAGAUGAAGUCGAUGGAGGAGCGAGGCGCGAAGAAGAAGGAUUCGGGAGCCGGGCAGGUCGAUUUGGGCGAUGUGGUGAGUGAAUGUUUGAGAAAAGAUGUGUAUGAUUUCGAUGUAGCUUAUUUGGAGAGCGAAUCUCUUUAUCUUGAUGCAAAAGAUAAACGCGAUGAUCAUCGAGGACCGGAUGCGGAUCGGUUGGAUAGGAUUGAGAUUUCGCACGAGUGUUUGGCAUUGGCUUACUCAAAGUUCUUGGAGGAAAGGGCCUCCCUUAUUUGCAUCGGCGAAAAUGCGAAUGCUCGUGGCAGAAGGCAAACAAGCUUCGAUUUUCACGCAUCUAAAGAUUGGUGGAUGGGAAAAUCGUCGUUGAGCAAGCGGUUGAUGCUUAAGGAGAUAUUGGAAAAGGACGUGGGAUUGGACGCCAUGCCGCCUUCUUUCAUCAACAGCUGUAUCGCCUACGAGAGGAGGAGACAGAAGAUCGAUGCUGCUAAGCAGCGCAUCAAUAGGAUCAUGCACCCCACAGCUUCUGGUCCUAUCGACAUUUGUGAUUCCCAAACAUCAUGUUCUGCGCAUGGUAAGAAGAAAAGAAAGAGAAGUCAAGCGAUAGACGUGGAUUGGGAAGAUUUCAUAAUCGAGGCCCUGCUUCUUCAUCAGGUGAAGGAGGAGGAAAUCGAGAAGGGUCACUACAAUACUUUGCUCGAUCUGCAUGUCUUCAACUCUGGGAUAAUGUAGGCACCCAAUAUAACAUACUAACCUUUUUGGGUCAUGCUUGGAUUCUUUCGUUUUUUGUUGAUCGACUCUGCUCUUCCUUCCCCCUUUUGUUCUCUUGAGGCAUGCUGGUGCUGCUUGUCAAUGUAGUUGCAGAGCAUUUUUGUCGAAAUACCAAUGUAAACAGAAUCUGUAUAGCACGAGUUAGUCGUUUUCCUGAUGGUUUGAUUGAUAUGAAACAUCAGAGGAAGAUCUAAAUCCCAUCUACAUAAUAGAAUUUUCUGCAUUACAAAUGCUGUUUUUGAAA